UGCUCAUAUCUAGAUCCGAACAGUCGACGAUUGGAUUUGCACCAAGAACUAUCGAUCAGUGUGCCUUAGUAAGAAGUACCGGAAGUUUGCGGUGCAGGGAAUACAUCUUCUUGAAGGAUUUAAGACAGCUCAUAUUAAGGCUCACUGUGCUAGCCCCCAGUCUGCCCAAUGGAAACUAAAAAGAUAAAGACUGUUAUAAACGCCGAGGAAGAGCACUUGGCUUCUAAGUCAAUAAAAACAACUAGAAAAACUCUAAAAAAGGUAACAAAAACUAAUUCCAAAACAGAGACACUUGUGGAAACCAAACUCGAGGACACCGGAUCGACAAACUCAAUCCGGGAGAAUGAUAAAAAAAUGUUUGAUUCCGUCGUUGGAGCACCUGUGGAACCUCAGGAACUGUCAGGAAAUAAUCCAGAGGAUGGUGGGGAUGGGAAUGGGAAUGUUGCUCUUAAAAAGAAGAGCAAAGCAAAAAAGCCAAAGAAAUGCGAAUACGAUAAUCAAAACAUAUCUGUCAAAAGCAGUUUUAACAAGUUCGAGGCCCUUCAGAAGCGUAAUUUAAUUCAUGUACGUUCAAGUGAUUCAAGUAAAGCCCAAGAAAUCUUCAGUAAUCUGCAAGAUGAGCAGCAGACCCAUUGUCGAUAUUGCACCAAGCCGGUUUAUAAAAUGGAAGAGGUCAUAGUUCAGUUCAAGACUGAUAAAGGUAUCUACCACAAAUCCUGCUUGCGCUGCCAAGAUUGCGCAAAACAAUUGAAGUUCGACAACUACCAGAGUCACGAAGGUAAUCUGUACUGCAAUGUACAUUUCAAGUUGCUCUUUGCGCCCAAGGUCGUGGAGCAGGACGAAGAGCCCAAGCCCCGUAAAACGGAGCUCAUCAUACGCGAAAGUCAGCCGACCGAGCUCCCGCCGGACGUCGUACGCGCAUCUGAUAAACCGGAUCUGGGACUCGAUGAGCUGCAUCAACUGAACGUUCGCUCCAGAUUUGAGCUAUUCGAGAAUGUGGAACAGAAUAAACUUAAGGAGGAGCAAUUGCAGGCUCAGCAGCGUCCCGUGAUAAAGCGCAGCACUUCCGUUCUAACCAAGUAUCGCCUAAAUAGCGCCGAGAUCGAAAAUAAUUGUUCCGACAGCGGCGACGAGUCUGGCGAAGAGAAUGAGGACGCCGACUUGAUACGUUCCAAGAGAAGCACCCAAAAGGAGCGGCCCGUGGGCCUUGGCGAUGCCAUGAACGACAUCAAGACGAGAUUUGAGAAGGGCACCAUGCAGUCGAAGGAGGAACGACGCGAGGAGCGAAAACAGGAAAUCCAAAAUAUACGCUCUCGCCUGUUCAUGGGCAAGCAGGCGAAAAUCAAGGAAAUGUAUCAGCAGGCUGUUGCCGAAUCCGAGCACGGAAUUACGUCCGUUGGCAAACAGCCGGACAUCCAAAUUGAAGGAGCAGCGGCUCGUUCCAUUAAGGAACGAUUCGAAAAUGGUGCAAUAUUCAAUGUUAAGGGCAACAAUGUCGAACCAACCGAUUGCAACAAUCACAGCUCGGGUCUAUCGGAGGAUGCCGAUGUAUUUGAGUCUGCUAUAAGUAAAAAGUCACGAAGUAUCUUUAAGGAGUUGGAAGCAAACUCGGUAUCAAAUUCGAAUAACCAGAUAAAAUUUCAAAAACAACGACCUGUUGCACUCAGCAAAUGCACGAGCCAAAGUCAAGUGUGCGAGAAUGCUGACCUUGAUGUCGUAAAAUGUGAUGAUAAGCCAGAGGAUGUAAAAAUAGCCACCGAUGAGUUGAGCCAGAAGUUCAAAUUCUUUGAAACCUAUCGUCCAAAAGGCAGUGAGAAACGCCAGUUCCGCAUAACGCCGCCUCGGGAAGGUGUUGUCAAGAUGCCGUCACCCGAUUCCGAUUCGGGGCAAGCGGAUGAUCGAAAGUUGAACUUGUCGUUCGACGAAAAUGUGCUGCAAAAAACGCAGACCACGUCAACGAUGCUAAACAAAUUUCGUGAAAUGGAGCAAAACACAUUCAAGAAAGCAGAAUGUUACAGUCCCAAGCCACUAAAGUGUUUCACUCCUCCGCCGGAAGAUAGGCGGGUGCAUUAUGAUAAAUCCAAUAGUGAAGAGGAGGGGGACGAGGACGAGGACGAGGACGAGUACGAGAGCGAUGAUGAAGCUGAAAUUGAUAAAGAAAUUUUAGCAUUAAGCUCAAGCAAUGGGGACGAAGCUCUCAAAGAGGCACAGAGCGCGGCCCGAGCCAAGCAAUUGCGCGCCAAAUUCGAAAAAUGGCAGGCCAAUGAAAUCAAGCGGGAGCUUAUUGAUGGCUAUGUUGAUAUCUAUUCGCAACAAGUAUCUGACGAUUCAACAAUAGAAAGCGCAAAGACAAUUCGCGAGCGAUUUGAAAAUAUGCGAAACCUCGAGCGCAAUUCUUCGAAUGGCCCCCGUUAUCAGGUUAAUCGUUUUGUAUAAUUUCUUUUGGUAAUGGCUGGUGCUGGACUAUUUUGGAACGCUAAGAACAAUGAUUUUAACAAAAACAAAUUACUGUAUUUACUUAUUUAUUAUAUUUUGUUAUAGAAGUAAUACAAGUAUAAAUCAAUGUACCAAACUCUUUUAGUCUAGGCAAAUUCAUUUCUACAUUACCAAUAUCAUCGUCAGCAAGAUUAUCUCUAUA